GUCGAGAGCAACGGGCUUCAUAGGGGCGUCAAUUGGGCUAGAGAUCUAUGAUCCCUCUUCGAACUGAGUCAAUGCAACUGUGACGAGAGUGAUUAGGCUUUCUGCUCUAUUGUUUUCUUACCUCCACUCUACACCCAUACCACCCUACGCGAUUAGAAACCUUUGCCAGAUCCGCCAUGCCUCCAAAGCCGGUUCCAACGCGCAUGAAGCCUGUGCGGCUACAGACAAUCCAGAGUCUAAGAAUUCAAAGGCCAAACAAGCAAGAGCAGAGCCCAUGCCAGACUGCCAUGAGCGCUGUCUUGAAUUGCUGGGCGUCAGCGGGGCAUAACAUUCAGGGAUGCCACGCCCUAGAGGACCAGUUACGACAGUGCAUGGACACAGCUAAAUACCAAAAGCCGAAAAAGAGCACGAUCAACUAUCAUCUUAUGCGCAUGUUCCCCAAGAUCUCGGGCCCGAGGAAAAAGGACUAAGCUCUUGUCGACUUUCUCGUUAUUGGCCAUGUUACUGGAUAUAGGAUAUUCGAGCCCGAAAGGUUGUUCGCGAAGUAAAUGACAGCAAAAUACGAGUGUUAUGUCGUCCGGUCCUAAAUGCCGUUAAAGCCGUGACUGUGUCGGAGGAAUGUACAAUUUAGCAUAUGGAUGGAGUUUGAUGGGAAAAUUUUGGUCUCCCUUUUUUGGUCCUUUUUUGUUUUUCUUUGGGGAGAAUGGGGGUGGUUUCUUAGCCAGGAUGAUCUUAUUGAAAUUCCUUGUCGGGAUAUAUACUGUAUAUUAAAUUCUGAGAUGUUGACUUUUGAAUAGA